AUGUCGAGAGAAGAACCCGAGCAAUUUUCUACUUUUACAACAUAUCCUCCUUCUAACCCUAACACUUCUCCUGAUAUUUCUUCUAAUUCCACUCCUGAAGUUAGAGCUUCGCUUGUAAAGCGAAAUAACUUAACUUUUGUUGUUAUAGUAAUAGAUCAACCUAAGAUUACUAUUGAAUUUCCUCUUCCAACAGCCAAAAGUCUAGUUGCUGGUUGUAGCAAGACUCAAACCAGAACUGGUAAUGCUUUUCUUUUGUUCAGGAGCGAAUUUCAAAGACACGCUCAAAAGUCGCUUAAUAAUAAUGACAUCUCGUCAUACGCUGGAAAUGCAUGGCAGAAUUCAGACCCGAAUUUAAGAGAUUCUUUUAACAGAUUGGAACAGAACGUAAAAGAGGAGUUCAAGAAAAAUCAUACUCCUUUCAUCCAAUACAAUUACCCGUAUGGUACCACAACCAAAGUCAAACGUGGAAAACAAGUGAACGGUGGAUCUGCAAAGGAAAAAAUCCAUUCUUUUCGCUCCAAGAGAAUCACAAAAGUUACACAAGAGCCAAAUAUUGACGCGCAAACUAAUUCGGCAUUGAAUCAAGAGACAUCUUGUCUCGAUUCAAAUUCUUUAAGCUUUUACGAGCUUCCCGCAGAGCUUGUUGACAAUUAUAGCAUCUUUGAGAACUUGAAUCAGCCCAAUAUAUCCUUUUCUUCCAACAGCCAACCGUGUUUGGAACUUCUUGAUUAUCCAGCAUUGCUCGAGCUUUCUAGGGUGAAAAUUUAA